AAUAGACGCGAGGGAGCUGACCAUAGUACGUGGCAACAAACCCGUGAGAGCGCAGAAUCUGGAACUUUCAACUGGUUUCGGCAAUCCUCUAUUCCGAGAAUCCAAUUGUUAUUCAGCACGCCACUCGCUUGCCACAUCAUCAAUAGUAUAAGCUAGCCAUAUUUAUGGGUGACACCUCGGUUCUGCUGACUUUGUCAUCAAGCCACGACUUUUUUUUUACAGUAUUAAAAAUCCUAUCUAGGAGAAGAUAAUUAUGGCCAUGAGAUCUGUCGUUUCAAGCAGUGGACUUCGUCGUUUAAUGGAAGGUGGUGGGCGAUCAUCGGUUUCGGGUCUUCGUUACUUCAGCGACAGCACAGGUCGAAUUCUCAGUGAAGAAGAACGUGCUAAAGAGACCGUUUACAUUCAGAAAAUGGAAAGGGAGAGGAUGGAGAAGGCGAGAAAGAGGGCUGAAAAGGAGAGAGCUGAAAGAGAGAAAGCUGACAAGCAGAAGGCUGAAGAAGAGGCUCAUAAGAGCUGAAGUGGGUUAUCUGCAACUCUUGCUUUCAAGUCCUGUUGAUAAAAAUAAUGUUAUGCUGACCGUGUCGCUCCUCAUCGGGCUUGUCCUUGUACAGAAUAUGCUUUAAUAAUCUUGCUUAGUCCGUCCGUACUGUUAUGUAUGAUGGCUUGUAAACUUGCUGUUUUAAAUAUCAGUCUUGUCUUUAAUUUGGCUAUCUACAUUAUGCUUCUUGAGCCGCUUUGGUGAAUCAUAAUGUAAAUUCCAGCCUCUAGCUUUUAGAUUAAAGAUGAAGGUUGAAAUAUAUUGAUUUUUAUUAGUGUC